GUACAGUAUAACGUAUACUCUUCCAUACUAGUUACAUGCAUAGCAUAUAAUGAUGAUAUAUUCACCACCGCCAAACGAUAACGCGUAACCAUUGUGACGUGUAAAGCGCGGCAGCAAUAAAUCGACAGUAGCCGGUACGCGCCCACGCUAAUUAUUGCAGUUACCAGCCAUGACGUUUGUACGCGGCGUGGCGGCCCUGCACCUGUCUGCAGAACCGGUGGUGCUGUUCUACAUCGUCGAGAUGAUGUUCUCGAUGUGCCUGAGUACCAACCUGCUGCUGUACAAAGCGUGCGACCCGACGGGCACAAUGGCCGGCCAGGUGGGCUCCAAGUGCCCGGACGAGGCGGCGGCGCAGCACGUAGUGGCGCCGAUCAACGGCUGGAAGGCGCUCGUCCAACAACUGAUGCCCAUCGCGCUGGCCAUAGUCGCGGGCACGUGGAGCGACAGGCACGGCCGCCGCCGACCGCUGAUCAUGCUGCCGAUCGCCGGCCAGAUAUUGGCGGACACGCUGUCGCUGUACUGCACUGUCGUGUGGUCGGUGUCGCCAGCGCUGACGGCCACCAUGCAGGCGGCCGCGCUGUCGCUGACCGGCGGACCGCCGAUGCUGUUCAACGGCAUCAACUCGUACGUGGCGGACACGACCACGGACGAGUGGAGGACCGUCAAGUACGGCAUGGUUUACAGCACCGUGGCUAUGGGUGGCAUACUGGGAAUGCUAGUCUACGGGUUCGUAGUGGUCAACAUGGGUUUCGUCGUCGCUUACGCGAUGUCCAUCGUCCUGGGCCUAAUCGCGAUCGCGUUCACGUUUAUGUUGAUCCGCGACAACGACACCCAACAGCAGUUAAACCGGAACGUCGUCAGUCCGAUGGACAUGCUCCGCAACUGUUACCUCGUGCUGACUAAACGACGUACGGGCCGCGGCAAGCUGAUCCUGUGUCUAAUCUUGUUCGUGUGUGCGCCGCUCACGUGCGUGCCAAUAGAAGGAGAAAUAUCAGUAAUAUAUCUAUAUUUGAGGUAUAAAUUCCAAUGGAAUGAAAUAGACUUCAGUAUUUUCAAUACUUACCAGAUGUCCGUUAUAUUAAUAGGCACAUUGUUUGCAUUAGGUAUUUUAAGCUACAAGUUUAAAAUUAACGAUGCGUUAAUUGGUACGAUUGCUUCAGUAUUUGAUCUUUUGGCUGCAGUCGCUUUCUUUUUAGUUUCCGAAUCAUGGCAACUGUAUUUAGUGCCACCGUUAGAACUUUUUCGAGGUGCAGCUUUGGCGUUAACUAGUUCUAUAGCUUCAAAAUGCGUUGGAUCCGAUGAAUUAGGUUCUAUGAAUGCAGUGAAAAUAUUAGCGGAAAGUAUAAUGAAAAGUGGAUUUCUACCAUUAUACAAUUUUAUGUACAACCAUACAUUUGAAUCUAUGCCCAGUGCAUUUUUUUUAAUUAGUAUUGUUCUAGCAACUCCACUUAUAUUCGUUUUUUAUUUGAUAUACUACUUAAACAGAGAUCAAAAUUUGAGUACUGUUGCAGUAAACAACAACGUCGUUCAUUGUGAAAAUGAAAAAAAAAUCACCGAAAUCGCACAAAUCAGCAACUCUGAAGUAAUUACUUACCAUAUGUAAUUCAUUAAUAUUUAAUAAUGACAACGCAGCUGACUUUUAAUUUUCAUACAAUGGAAUGGCUCACUAUACACGGCAGACUUACUGAUGGUUGACUUGGUGAUGACUGAUGACAAACGGGAGUUGCUUGACCGCCACACCCAACCAAAACUAAUCACAGCCUAGAUACGUUUUUUAAAUUGAACAGAAUAUAUAUAGUGUCGUUAUUAGAUAUUUCUCACCCAUAUUGACCAAAUAUUUAUAAAAUUAGUGAUAUGCCAACAAAUGUUAAUGUUAAAUAUUAUAAUACCUUGAACAACUGUCAUCAAUAGUACAAUCUAAAGAAAUUUUCUUUUAUACUGGUCAAAACAUAUUAAAUUAUACUUAUACAUAA